GGGGUCAAAUUUCUUGGGCAAAUCAGAGCAGCAGCCUCUCCGGGAAACCAUCGCAAGAAAGAAAAAGACAAAGCGGAGCUCAUCGCCAAGAGUUGUCCUCUGGAAUUAUAAACUUUUUUUCAGGGCCUCUUUCAACUCGGCUUGAGUCGCUUUCAGAAUGACGACGAUGUACAAGUCGGUGGCUCCGUUCGGUUUGACUCAUUAAUGCAUUUAAGGGAAUACAUAUUUAAGUGUUGAAUGAGUUCUGUUGGCUGUCGAUCCCCCAGCAGAGACCGUUUUGGGGCACUACCGGAGAGAGACCGAGGGCGACGGAAAACACGGAAACGAGCACAUUUUUCAUCCCGCUCGACAUGAACCUCAUCGGGGGCUACCAGCAUCACCACCACCUGAUGCACGAACCCUUCCCGUUCGUCCAGCGGUGUCACCAGGAUGCGCCGUACUUCCAGAGCUGGGUGGUGAACCACGGCGAGGUGCCCCCGGACUUCCAGAUCCAGGCUCCGUACCCGGCCGCGGAGCACGGGGCGCCCGGAGCGACGCACGACGCCCGGCUGGAGGGGCUCCAGGCGGGGAUGGGGAAGAGGCGGACGUCGGGGCCGAAGAAGGAGCGCAGGCGGACGGAGAGCAUCAACACAGCCUUCGCCGAGCUCAGGGAGUGUAUCCCCAACGUCCCCGCGGACACAAAACUGUCUAAAAUUAAAACUUUACGCUUGGCGACCAGUUACAUCGCCUACCUGAUGGACGUCCUGGCCAAAGACACCGGGGAGACGGAGGGCUUUAAGGCCGAGAUUAAGAAAUUUGAAAACCGGGAUCUGAAAAGGAAACGGGAGCCGACUGACGGCCCGCAGGAGUCAUUAGGAGCCGAGAAGAAGGUGAAGGGCCGGACCGGGUGGCCGCAGCAGGUCUGGGCUCUGGAGCUCAACCAGUGACCCUCCCUCCUCCUCCUCCUCCUCCUCUUCCUCCCUUCCAACCCUUCCUCGGACUCUGGAUUCAAAUCGUAAAGGAAAAAAAAGAAGAAAAACACAACCACUGACUGACUGAACCCAAACACACCGCUGUGCACGUGCAAUGAUGCGCAAAAAAAAGAAGAAGAAGGAGAGAUAAUGAAAGGACAACAUGCAAACAAGGUGAGCGGCGGAGGGAAACAGCACGAUGGACAAUUUGUUGAUCUCCUUCUCCCCUUCACACGCACGCACGAACACACACGCACGCCUCUGACUGUAUUAAAUGUGUGGUCUUUCUGCUUUUUGAUGUGUCCACCCUUACAGUGCUGUAGACCAGAUGUGGCCAUGUGGUGUC